GUAAAGUUGUGUUAGUAAAGAAAGCAUCUAAAUCAAACGAGAGCUUGUAUUUUGAAGGCUCAAAAUGGAAGUGACGCGAUUUUGUGCCGCCAGCAGUCUAGCAAGCAACAUUUGUUUACAAAUGUAGCUAGCUAGGUAGAAAGCAAUCAGCUGGCAAUCGGCUAUUCAACGCUAGUUCAAUAACAAAAUGAACGGAAUUCACCCUGUGUUGUUGUCUGACGCAUAGUCAUUCACAUGGCAUUAUCUACUGUGAGAUUAACAUAUAUCUUUAGUUUGGUUUUAGCUAGCUUGCAUCAUGAAGUUGGCAAGCUAAAUGGCUUGCUAGCUUUGGUAUCAGUAUUAGGUAGCGACGAGAUUUUGGGGGACAAGUGGGUCGUGUGGUAUUUCUGCAAGCACAUUAUGGAAGGAGUUCUCUAUAAGUGGACAAAUUAUAUGACAGGGUGGCAGCCGCGCUGGUUUGUUUUAGACGAUGGGAUCAUUUCCUACUAUGAUUCUCAAGAUGAUGUCUGCAAAGGAAGCAAAGGAAGUAUUAAGAUGUCCGUCUGUGAAAUCAAAGUUCACCCCACUGACAAUACCAGACUGGAACUGAUCAUACCAGGAGAGCAGCAUUUUUACGUCAAAGCUGUCAAUGCUGCCGAACGUCAGAAGUGGCUUGUGGCACUUGGAAGUUCCAAAGCUGGCCUUGCUGACACGAGGGCAAAGAAAGAAAAAGAAAUAACAGAGACGACAGAAUCUCUGAAAACGAAGAUGUCUGAGCUGCGUCUCUACUGUGACUUGCUAAUGCAGCAGGUCCACACAAUAAAGGAGUCUGUGGACCAGGAGGACCAGGAAGGAGACCACUUCAAUUCCAGCUCGGAGACUCUGAAUGAAGCCUCCUCUUUACUGAGUGCCACGUGUAACACCUUCAUCAAAACACUGGAAGAAUGUAUGAAGAUGGCCAACUCCAAGUUCAAGACAGACAUGGUGCUGUUGAACCCUCCAGAUGACAUGAUGAUGUCCCCUGUUUCUCCGUCCCCAGUACAGAUGGCCCGGAUGAAGUGGUCCAUAAAUCAUCGGGCACGUCUGGCCUCCCGCCAAAGGAGGGUGUGUUAUCAGGUCAAGGUCACCAGAGGAGGACACGGACUUGUUCGGACACAGAGGCUCACAGUGACAGCUGUGUUUAUAGAGAUGGACCGCGCUGCUGUGCUGUGUCUCAAUGCCAGUGUGAACAGGGACUCCUCCCACAGUAUCCCUGAGGGAGAGUGGUGCCAUCAGUCCUACCAGUCCCAGAGCCAUGUCAGACACAGACACUCCAGAGACUGA